AAAAAAAGUAAACGCCAUUAUUGAAAGAAAAACACUCACAUCUCUCUCUCUCUCUCUCUAGAGCUGUUCAUCUCCCCAACCACAACAAACCAACUUGCUUAGCUUUGCUCUGUCCAGGGCAAAGAGCAUCAUCCCUCAAUAAAGCAAUUCCCAUUUUCUUCUUUUACUUUUGUCCUAAAACUGUUAAUUGAUUCUGUCUGAAUAUUAUUUUUAUUAACGGACCAAACAAAAAAAAACUUGCAGAAGAAUGAAAGAAAAAGCAAUAACCCUCCAAACCAAAUUCUAAAGCCUCAAAUUUGGAAUAUUCCCUUUCUUCUUCAUUCCCUUUUUUUUUUUUAAUUUGCCAUUUACUCAUUAUUGAUCUUAUGUGAGACGACCUCCUCUGUUUCUUUCUUCCUCGUAACAGUAAAGGGUCUUCCUUUUUAAUCUGAAUUUACCAAUCUGAUUCUUCUGUUUUUUGUUUUUUUUAUUUGUCUAUCUUUUAAACUAUUUGAAAUCUAAACUUUGUUUGGUUCUUCACGAUUUUUAAUCUCCGAUGAAUCAAAUUCAUCAAAAGAUUCAUCUUUUAGAUCUGGUUACGUAAUUCGAUUUGCUCUGUUUUUUGUUUUUCGUUUUGAAUUCUUUAUUAAGUAACCAAAUUUGGGGAAGAAGGAGGAGUGUGGGUGAUAAUGGAUUUGGAUGAUUUCCGAUCGGUUAUGGAUAACGCAGGUGUUGAUGUUUGGACAUUUAUCGAUACGGCGAUUCUUGUUGCGUCUCUUGACUAUGGUCAAGAACUGAAACGUCGGAGAGAUAACAUCGUCGAGCGUCUCUACGCUACGUCGAUGGCUAACAAGUGUAGAAACUGCGAUUUUGGCGGCGGUGGUAACGUUACGGAGGCGGCGAUUGGUAGGGUUAAUAAUGGGAGGGUUCACGAGGAGACGGAGGAGGAAGAUGAAGAAGGAGUAACAGCAGCAGCAGAAGAAGAAGUUAGAGAGAAAUCUGUUAAUGUUGAAGACGAUGACGAUUUCGAUCCCUUUGCUGGUUUGUUUGAUGAUGAGCAGAAGAGUAUUGUUGAAAUCAAGGAGAAACUUGAAGAUCCUGAUCUGUCUGAAGAAUCUUUGGUUGAGUUGCUUCAGAAUCUGGAAGAUAUGGAUAUAACAUUCCAAGCUCUUCAGGAAACUGAUAUUGGGAGGCAUGUGAAUCGAGUUCGGAAGCAUCCUUCGAACAAUGUUCGAAGAUUAGCUAAACAGCUUGUCAAAAAAUGGAAGGAAACAGUAGAUGAAUGGGUCAAAUUUAACCAGCCUGGUGAUCUUGAACCUCCAAGUUUGAUAGCCGAUGAGGAUUCACCGGUGCAGAAAGCUCUUCAUAAUGGUAGUCGCCAACAGGUCCCUGAUUUCGGAUAUUCACCGGUUCCUCAGAAUGGGUAUUCCAGUUCAAGCAAGAACAGUAACAUUACUGAGCCAGAAAGAAAACCAAGACCUGUUGCUCCUCAACCUAGGAGAGAAUCUCCUUCUCCAGCAAAACCUUCUCGCCCUUCUCCUUCUCAACAAACCAUUCCGAGGGACAAAGAGCAUAAAGAAGUUGAUUUCGACACGGCCAGGAAAAGGCUACAACAAAACUACAGACAAGCCGAGAAUGGUUUUAAAACUCGACACCUUUUAGUUCAGACAUCUCUCUACUCAGUGUGGUCGUUUUCUGACUGUUGUUCCAUGUAUUUGUUUUGAAUUCAGCAAAAAAGCAAAGGACUAUACAGGUGAUGGACAUUCAUGACAUUCCUAAACCUAAGAAAGGUGGAUUUUUCCCAAGAAAAGGCGGGAGUUCUCAAGGUGGUAGACACUGGUAAAUUGAGAAAGAUGAGAGUUAAGUGAGGAAGAGAAAAAAAGACAGAGAACAAAGCUCUGUUUCUGAGACACAAGAAGACAGUGAAUUCUAAAAAUGUUUCAAGAAUUUGGAAUUAAGUUGGUGGGUACACUUGUUUUCUAUUUUGUUGUUACUACUACGUAUAUUUUUUUCUGAUAAAGAACAUAAUUUUUCUUGGAUUUUAUUAAAUAAUAGAUUCGAAAAAAAUCAAGUUUACCAUAUUUGUAUUUUUGUUAUUAGACAAUGAUGUGCAUAAAAUCUAUCUCUUUAAAGAAAAUAGAUUGAUUUUCUUAGGAACUGAUUCUUUUGUUUAAUGCCGAUUUUAUUGAAAGAUUUGACCUUUUUCAAUGUUUCUUUCCUUGCAGAUUCACGGUUUGGUCAAGUUAUUUUCAGUUACAGUAAAUGUAACUUCAAUUUCUAAUUAACGGGUCAAUCUUUGUAAAGUAAUUUUUAGGUUUAGAAUCAGUAUUAAGUGUAAUUAAUUUUUAUUAACGUCGAGCUUAUCUUUUAAAUUUAGGGGGAAAAAAAACAACAGUUUAUCUUUUUGACUUUGGAGUUAAAGAUGGCCUUAAGACCCGUCGUAAUGGCGUAGGUCCAUUGGUUGAUGAAGAAGGAGACGCAUUUUUUUAUAAUCUUUUUGACCGAAUCAUUGUGGAUACGCAUGAGCUGUUUUGUUUAAUUAUUGUAUUAAAAUAUGUAUACAUAGCCUUUAAUGGUAAUUAAUAUUGGUAUAUUUUAAGGGAACAAGACAAGAUUAGGCUUAAAUAAUAAGAUCAAUUUUCUUUUCUU